UGAGGUCCCCGGACCAUGGCGGCGAUGGUGGCGGCGCUGCGCGGGCCGGUCGCCCACUUCCGGUCGCGGACACGGGCCUGGACACGCGGGACACGGGGUGCGGCGAACGCAGCGGGAGGUAGGGUGGGGUCGUGGGCGGUGCACGGGGAGAGGAAGAGGGUGUCUGUGCGUGUGUCCACAUGGGGUCGCGGUGGCGGGGCUGUGCUGGAAUGUGUCCGCGUGGGCAUGCCACGCAGGACCGGGAAAGUCAAGUACUUUAACAUCAAAGCCAGCUUUGUGAAUGAACACACUGUUUGCGGUGUUGAUAAAGGUGGGAAGGCGACCCUGCUCUCAGCUGACCACAUAGUCAUCGCUACAGGAGGGCGGCCGAGGUACCCCACACAAAUCAAAGGAGCCCUGGAAUAUGGAAUCACAAGUGAUGAUAUCUUCUGGCUGAAGGAAUCCCCCGGGAAAACGUUGGUGGUUGGAGCCAGUUACGUGGCCCUAGAGUGUGCUGGCUUCCUCACGGGGAUUGGACUGGAUACCACAGUCAUGAUGCGCAGCAUCCCUCUCCGAGGCUUUGACCAGCAAAUGUCAUCGUUGGUCACAGACCACAUGGAAUCUCAUGGUACCCGAUUCCUGAAAGGCUGUGUCCCCUCCCUCAUCAAAAGACUCCCAACUGGCCAACUGCAGGUCACCUGGGAGGACCAUGCCUCUGGCAGAGAAGACACAGGCACCUUUGAUACUGUCCUGUGGGCCAUAGGGCGAGUUCCAGAAACUAGAAAUCUGAAUCUGGAGAAGGCUGGUGUGAAUGUCAACCCUGAGAAUCAGAAGAUUGUUGUGGAUGCCCGGGAGGCCACCUCUGUCCCCCACAUCUUUGCCAUUGGAGAUGUUGCUGAGGGGCGGCCUGAGCUGACACCCACUGCUAUCAAGGCAGGAAAGCUGCUGGCUCAGAGGCUCUUCGGGAAAUCUUCAACCUUAAUGGAUUACAGCAACGUUCCCACGACUGUCUUCACACCACUGGAGUAUGGCUGUGUGGGGUUGUCUGAGGAGGAAGCUGUGGCUCUCCAUGGCCAGGAACAUGUAGAGGUUUACCAUGCAUAUUAUAAGCCACUGGAGUUCACAGUGACGGGUCGGGAUGCAUCACAGUGCUACAUAAAGAUGGUGUGCUUGAGGGAGGCCCCACAGCUGGUGCUGGGCCUGCACUUCCUUGGCCCCAACGCUGGAGAAGUCACUCAAGGAUUUGCUCUGGGGAUCAAAUGUGGGGCGUCAUAUGCACAGGUGAUGCAGACAGUAGGGAUCCACCCCACCUGCUCUGAGGAGGUGGUGAAGCUGCACAUCUCCAAGCGCUCGGGCCUGGACCCCACUGUGACUGGAUGCUGAGGCUAAGUCUCCAUCCCUGCCAAGCUGAGGGCACACGCUAAGCCAUGUGCCCAGCACAAGGCUCCUCAGACACCGGGAUCCAGGACUGGAAGGUUUUCCUACCACCUCAGAGAUCCCAGAAGAUGUGGAGGGAGCAUCGUGUGUCUGCAUAAAUGGCUGUGUGUCCUGCAGGGAUGACUCCACACCUACAUCCUCUGGCCCGCCUUCUCAUACUCCAGCGUCAGAUGAUGAUGGCCUGUGCAGAAACCCCCAUGUGGGCUGCCCGGGUUUGAGGUCCCUGGCAUUUCUGGAGCGCCAAUAAAGAGGAUGUUUUCCUAAA